CAUUUUCUUUUGUUUGUUCUUUUUUAUCCUAAAAUCAAGUUCCAAUUGUUGAUUCGUAGAAUUGCUUGGCAACACUCAAGGUCAGGUCGCUAACCAUACAAAUUCAAUUUCCGGCGAACACAGCAAGAAAGGUCUGAAAGAAAUUAUAAUUGGAGCAGUGUGUUAAUUGACAAGGAGGAGAGAGAGAGAGAGAGAGAAAGAAUGCAGUUCUUUGGCGGAUCGGAAAUCAGUCCAUCACCGCCGGUACCAACGGCGACGGGGAACAACGCUCACAUGAUGUACGUAUUUAACCGAAACGGAGUGUGCUUGCUUUACAGGGAGUGGAAUCGGCCUCUCCACACUCUCAACCCUCAACAAGAUCACAAGCUCAUGUUCGGUCUCCUCUUCUCCCUCAAAUCCCUUACUGCCAAAAUGGAUCCCACCAGUGCUGAUAAGGGAAAUUUAGGGGUCCCUCAGUUGCCAGGUCAAGGUUGUUCCUUUCAUAGCUUCCGCACUAAUACCUACAAACUUAGUUUCAUGGAAACUCCUUCUGGGAUUAAGAUUAUUUUGGUCACUCAUCCUAGGACUGGUGAUCUUCGUGAACCACUCAAGUAUAUUUAUAACUUGUAUGUUGAGUAUGUUGCCAAGAACCCACUCUAUACCCCUGGAACUUCAAUCAGGUGUGAAUUAUUUAAUACAGCUCUUGACCAAUACGUGAGGAGCAUUGCAUAGUAUCAAAAAGUAAUGCGAGCUCUCUAUCUCUGAGGCAGUUUACACACUCAACUUGGCUCCUAGUACACCAGAAAAUUGUGAUUCAGAAGCAGGUCUGUUGGAUAACCUGUUUUUUGGAUAUAGUGUGUGACAAUUUUUUAGAAUGUUUGUGAGAAGAUUGAUAUUAUCACUGGUGAACGUUGAGGGUGUGAUUUAGAGGAGGUUUUAUCCAUUUAUUAUGUGACAUUAAGUGUAUUGACUACCUUUGUCAUACCGUGUCCAGAAUGUGGGUAAAAUGAAAGAAGCAAAGGUGCAUAAGUGAUUGAAAAGAACUCUUUGCCCUGUAAAUUAAAAAGAUGCUGUUCGUUUCACAUUUUUUCA